AAUGCGCUGAAGAAUGGGGAGUGUUCGGAGCCUUCGGACAAGCAGGAGCAGCGCCGGGUGAUGAAGGGGAAGACCCAUAAAAAGAACCGAAAUAGGAAGAAGAGCAACACGGUGCCCUCGAAACAGUGGAAGGUUGGCGACAGCUGCAACGCUAUCUGGUCUGAGGAUGGCAAUUUGUACCUGGCCACUAUUGCCUCCAUCAGUCAGAAGAGAGGCACAUGUGUGGUUACUUACACAGGAUAUGGAAAUCAGGAGGAGCAGAACCUGUCUGAUCUACUUCCUCCAGCUGCCGUUGAAACAGUAAAUGGGAUUGGGAAUUCCGGGGAGUAUGAAAAUGAGACUCCAUAUUCAACAGAUGAAAGUGAAAAGUCUUCCCAGUCACCUCAAAACAUAAGCAGCUGCACAAAAGCAAGGUUCUCCCCUCAGAACUUGCAUUGCCCCACACCACCAACACCCCCAGGCCUGGGAAGGCCUGGAUUAAAAUUCAAGACACCUCCAUCGUUUUUACCUUGCUGGCCCCCACCCUUCCCAGCAGGACCACCGCUGAUUCCUCCUCCACCACCUAUGAGACCAGACUCUCCUGAUGACAACGAAGCCUUGGGGAGCAUGUUGAUAGCCUGGUACAUGAGUGGUUAUCACACUGGAUAUUACCUGGGCUUAAAACAAAGUCGAAUGGAAGCAGCUCUGGAGAGACAAACACGUAUAAAAUAA